UUCUUCUCUUCAGCCCUGCGUCCCAAAUGACUGGACUGUGGGGUAAAGUUGACUGGAGCGUUAAGAUUCAACAGCCCUUUGCUGGAGCUCUGACCUUACGCCCCCUGUACGCUUCGAGGUGUGGCCCUUGGACGCAGGAACAGAAGGCAGCAACUUGGCGUGCAGUAUCCCCAAGAGGUUCACGGAAAGUUCGGUGCAACUUUGUACACAUUGCCGCUCCCCGCGCGGUCGUCAAAAGAUCUGCUGCCCACAUCUCUCGUUCGUACAGGAAUCCUUCUGUCUUCGCUCUGUGGGAGGCGAGGGACGUCAUUGGAGGGAUCAGCAACACUGGGUCUGCCGCUCAAGUGGUGACCCCACCGAAAGUACUGGAGAGGUAUGAGUGAGGAAAUUGCUGUUCCAAAUGUCAGCGUAAUCGAUUUCUGAGUGAGGAAUGAUUUUGAAGGUGAGUUAACUUAACCACACAGCAGACUGCUUGCGAAGAAUUCCAUCGUUUGCAGACAGAUGAAAGAGCAUCCUGGAAGUCCCCUCCGCAAUACGUUGGUGGAUUCUAACCCCAUGAAAAGCCAUGCAAGAUGAUGUCAGUUAAGAACAAAUGGCAUUCCGUGACUGAGCUUCUGAUUGUGACUGAAUUCAUUGGCAACCAUCACUACCAGCAAUUCCUGUCAAAUUCAAGGCAAUGGUGAAGAUGCGGUUUCAUCAAGAAGAUACAAGGUUAUGUCAUAACAGACUUGUAAUACGCCUUGAAUAUUAUCAGAGGUGUUUGGCCUGCUGAGGCAAUUAUGUUGAGAAAUAAUAAUGUAAAAUUAUAGAAUAAAAUUCAAGUAAAAUAUAAAAUUUUGUUUCAGUGAAAUAUCUAUUCCCAUUACAAAAAGAAAAUUUCUGGUACACACAUAAAUACUAUGCUACCCACCAAACUACAAUAAAAUUACACAAUGAAAAAGUAUAAACCAUUCAAUUCCUUGAAGCAAAUGCUGGGAUAGUACCUUAAAAUAUGCUACACCCAUUUCCUUCUUAAUUCAUCAUGCCAUUCAUACACAGGAGUUCGCCUCCUGGUGAACUAACUACAGUCUGUAGUAAUAAUGAGUAAAAAAUGUGACACAAAGCUACUUAUUGAUGGCGCUCGAGAAGUUAGAUUUUGGGUAUGUUUGUAAUGUAAGGAAACACUCGAAACAGACCCUUAAAACAUAUAUUACUAAUAUAUACACUGUAUACAUACCAAGACACCUUGCAGUAUAAACUUACAAAAUCACUUACAUAAUACCCUCUUUUACAUAUGUACAUGAUAUAGCAGUAACUUACAAUAAAAUACAUCACAUACGAAAUUUGAACUGUACAUACACUUUAUAUUCAUUGCCUGAAAUAUCUUUGAGGGUAUGUCAUUCCUUGGGCAGCCAACCUCAAAGGAGAAAAGUUCCGUGAGGUCUCAGCAUGGUGAUUUUGAUUCCCAUACUUUAUGUUGAAAAUAGAAUUUAGUAAUUUCCUCAUGAUGAUGUAAUGAUGCACUCUCAAAGAUGUUUCAGUCACAGUACAUCAGACCACAACAACAGCACUCUACCAGCCAAUUCAUCGACUGACAUCAGCUGUGGAAUAUAAUACCAAAAUAAUAUUGUGGUCUUUUGGGUUAUGACACUAUGCAGUCUGGUAUGUUGAGGCUAGCAGUAUGUCACUACUGUGGCAAACAUUAUAUUUUGGCUAUGGACGUCUCAUAUGUGGGAGUGCAGGGUAGCAUAGUUGGUGGAGGCACUAUGCUACUAGCUGGAAGGUCAUUGGAUUUUUCUGUUUACCUGUUCCUUCCA